AUGUCCGGUUCUCUGCCGAAGACCGGGGAAAAGAUUGGAGCCUGGGAUCUGGUGAAAAUGCGAACGAUUAAAUGCGUGGUAGUAGGAGAUGGAGCGGCCGACAAGACACUGCUCCUCCAUUCCUAUGCAGGCUACGACUCCUUUCCGGAAUACGUUCCGACGUGUUUUAAUAAUAACGGUAUCACCGUGAUGAUGAGGGGAGUACCUUACUCGUUAGACCUUUACGACGCUGCGGGACAAGCGGACUACGACCAUUUGAGGCCUCUCGUCUAUCCUCGAACGGAUGUCUUCCUGGUGUGUUUCUCCGUCGUGUCUCCGUCGUCCUUCGAGAACGUGAAGGCGAAAUGGGUCCCCGAGAUCACUCGUCACUGCCCGAAGACCCCGUUCCUCCUGGUGGGGACGAAGACCGACCUAAGAGUCGACGGGGUCGCGCGAGGGGAGACGGCCGAGAACGAGCAGAAGCCCGUCACCGCGAAACGGGGCGACAAGUUGGCGAAGGAGCUGAAAGCCGUUAAAUAUGUGGAAUGCUCUUUCCUCACUCGGAAAGGGCUAAUAAAUGUGUUCGACGAAGCCAUACUUGCUGCCUUGGGAUCGGCAGAACGCGCAAAAAGAAAAAGUUGGCGAAGGAGCUGA